UCAGCCGCGUCUUCAAGUGGAUCUUUUUUAGUGGCCGGGGAGGAGCGCGCCGCUGCAUCCAGUCGUCCCGCUCCAUCCAUCCAGCCACACGCGCUCCCUCAUUCUCUCUCUCUUUCGCGUACUUACCAUACGUCUCUCGCUCUUUGUGCGUAAAAAAGCAAGAGGGAAGGCAGCCAAAGAGCUCCUCGCAUCUUCCAUUCGCUUUUUUUAGGCUUUUGUUCUCCUCAGAUACUUUUUAUUCCACGAGCAUCGGUGCGGUGAUCUAUUCCCUCUUUUUGUGGUGGAGCGUGUGAGUUUUUUUUUUUUUUUUUUUUUUUGGGACCCCCCUCCUUUUCUUCCUCCUCCUACUCGUCAUCAUCAUCAUCAUCUGCGGGGGUGGUCGAAUCGUCCCGCGGAGGAACACUCAGCGUACGCGUUCUAACCAAGUGUGCUCAGAGCUUUCGCUCCCAGAGACGCGUGCGGUUUUGCGGGAUAUGGCCCAAUAGCAGCAACCCGUGAUGCCGGACCAUGACAGCGACUCCCUCCUGAACAGACAGACCAAGCGAAGACGUGUGGACAUCGGUGUGAAGAGGACCGUGGGUAGCGCCGCCUCCGCCGCAGCAGCGACAGCGACUACUGAUAGCAUUGCGCGCGCCAAAGCAGCCAUUUUUAGUGCCAUGAACUCUCUGAGCGCUCACUCUCACCACGGAUCAGACGCAGACCCCAUGGAGUGCUCUGUAGUGCAGCCGCACGGGGGGCCCGGCGUGGUAUCGGCCGGCGACAGCGAGUCAAAGUCCAACGUGCUGCGAAAGCUGCUAAAGCGGGCCAACUCGUACGAGGACGCCAUGAUGCCCUUUCCCGGCACUACUAUUAUCUCGCAGUUGCUCAAGAACAACUUAGCUAAAAACGGCGGAGGGCCAGAAAGAGGGGAUAGAGGCGAAAGAGUCGACCACGGCUUUCCCGGAUCUGGGCUCUCAAAUACGAGCUCUGACGCGCCCCAAGAGGACGCCUGCAGCAAUUCCUCCCAAGAAAGCACCCCUCAGGAAUGCUUGUCGCCUUUCGGCCGGCCCCCCGGCCUGGGCGCAUUCGACAUGGAGCGUCUUAACGACGAGCACUUGCGCGCCAAGCGGGCCCGAGUGGAGAACAUCAUUCGCGGUAUGAGCCACUCCCCGAGCGUCCUAGUGCCGCCGUCUUCUCGGCACGAACGCGACCACGACAUGGACGGGGACAGGGAAAUGGAUCUGGAGUGCGCGCCCCCUCGGUCGCAGCACCAGGGCCCCGGUAGCCCCAGGGCGGGAGAGGUUUGCGGAAGCAGCAGCAGCAGGGAAAAUAAGCGCAAGCAGCGUCUGCCUCAACAGCAGCAACAGAGUUUCACCCAGCUGGUGUGUCAGAGGAAAGAGCAAAAGCAGGAAGAGCGGCGACAACUCAAGCUCCAGCUGGAGGACAUGCAGAAACAGCUGCGCCAGCUCCAGGAGAAAUUCUUUCAGAUCUACGACUCAACCGACGACUCCGAACACAACGACCUGCACAAUGACAUAGGCAACCUGUCCGAGGACAGCCCGGUGAGAUCCGACAAUGGCGGUGACGAUCAAGGCGGGGACGACCGGGGUGGCGAAGACUUGCGCUCCGAUAACGAGAUGUCCGACCUUGAUCCUGGCCACUUCCUGGAUCGGGCGCGGGCGCUGCUUCAACAGCAGACUCUUCUAGGGGAAGGAGAAAAGCCGAGGCGAGAUGGAAUUGGCCGAAGCAAAGGGCAGGGAGGCCCGGGAGCCUCCAUGCAUGCCGAAGGUAAACAGCUGGCAGAAACUCUGAAGCAGGAACUCAAUUCCGCGAUGACACAAGUUGUGGACACUGUCGUCAAGGUGUUUGCCAAGCCGCCGCGUCCCACGCCCCAGCAGGCAUUCCCCCCGCUUUCCCUACCCGCUGAAAGGUUCUCCACAGCCGUCAAUGGGGACAACCCUAACUUCCACACCACCAACCAGAGGCUGCAGUGUUUCGGCGACGUCAUCAUUCCCAAUCCGCUAGACUCCUUCGCCGGCAUUCCCGGAAUCCCGGGUGCGGUGAAUGACCAAACCGAGGCCCUGCCGUUAGUCGUCAGGAAGACUCCCAGUGAGCACCACCACCACCAUCAUCACCAGUCCUCAGCUGUGGGUGCCCACGGUGGUCACCACCAUCCAUCUCUUCACCCUUCCUCACUCUCCGCCUCAAUGGGGUUCAGCCCCCCCUCCUUCCGACACCCGUUUCCCCUCCCGCUCAUGGGUUAUCCCUUCCAGAGUCCCCUUGGCCCACCCGCGGGCAGCUACCCGAGCAAGGACCGCUCCUCACCAGACUCCAUGGACCUGUCCCGUGAGACCACGAGUCUGAGGACCAAGAUGUCAUCCGGACACCACCUGGGGCACCACCAUCGCUCGUGUUCGCCAGCGCACCCUGGCAGCACGGCGGAAGGACUCUCCUUGUCGCUCAUCAAAUCCGAAUGCGGCGACCUUCAAGACAUGUCCGACAUCUCGCCUUACUCAGGCAGCAAUAUACAGGAGGGUCUCUCCCCGAAUCACCUGAAGAAGGCCAAGCUCAUGUUCUUUUACACCCGCUACCCGAGCUCCAACAUGCUCAAGAUGUUCUUCUCUGACGUCAAGUUUAAUCGCUGCAUCACCUCGCAGCUCAUCAAGUGGUUCAGCAACUUCCGCGAGUUCUACUAUAUCCAGAUGGAGAAGUUCGCCCGGCAGGCCAUCAACGACGGCGCCGCCGGCGUGGAGGACCUGAGCGUGAGCCGCGACUGCGAGCUCUUCCGAGCCCUCAACAUGCACUACAACAAGGCCAACGACUUUGAGGUCCCCGAUCGCUUCCUGGAAGUCGCCGAAAUCACGCUCCGGGAAUUUUUCAACGCCAUCGUGGCGGGCAAAGACGUGGACCCUUCUUGGAAGAAGGCCAUCUACAAAGUGAUCUGCAAGCUGGACAGCGAAGUUCCCGACAUCUUCAAGUCGCCCAACUGCCUCCAGGAGCUUCUACACGAGUAAAACCGAUUCCAACUUUUCCCCACUUUCGUUCGAAUCUUUUUUUUUUUUUUUUUUGUGAACGUAUGAAAGUUAUGAAGUAGCAUUCCCGAUUUGACUUAGCUGAAAAAAGAAAAAAAAAUCUGAUGGUUGUUCUUGCUUUUUUCUUUUCCUUUCAAUGAACUGAUUUGAAUCACUUGACUGACUUUUUGAGGGGAGCGCGUGUUUUUUUUUCUCCCCCGUGAGGCAUUGAAGGCAACGAUUCCGCGGAGAUUCCGAAUCACGGUCAAAAUGGGGUCCCACUUGAUGAACUGAUUCCCCCCCCCCUUUAGACCGUGCAGCACAAAGACUAUUUCGGAACUCGGCUGGACUUUAGCGGCGCAAGUCCGGACUGGUUUCAAAUAGAUACUGACCUCUCACCCCUGUUUUGAAGUGUGUUUUCCCUACAAGUAAGGCAUUGUGUUUAUCGGGUGUACAUUAUUAUUAUUAUUAUUAUUAUUUUUGGGAUUAUUUCUGUUGUGUAUGAUGAUUUUAUUGUCACCACCGCUUGCUGAAGGUUGGCACUUGAAGAUUUGUUUGUCCCCUCUAAAAAAAAAAAAUUAAUAAUAAAUUAUUCCUAUUAAGAGUAUUGAAAACGAGUUUAGCUUCUGGAAUAUUCUGAUUUUUGUGUCUAUCACUUUAAAUGUUUUUAGAUUACGUUUUCUGCACUGGACCAGUGAAAUUGUAUCGAUCUGACUUAUGUUGGUUACUGCACACACGCGAUGUUUUUGUUUUUUUUUAAAAAAAUGUUUUGUAAGAUGAAGUGAUCUCAAUAGCAGCCGAUACUUGAAUUUAAGGGAAAACUGAAGUACAGUGUUGCGAUUAGAGAAAAUGAGGGUUAUUAAGAGCAAGCCCUCCUGGCGCUCACCUGCAUUUAAGUGAUCCAGAGCCUCUGGGGAGGGAACAAUACCAGGUCGGAGGUGAACGCGCCACCCCGGGGGUAGACGGAGGAGAUGUCGGCGACUACAAAGAGGGCCGACAAAAGCUCGGCGCGAGGGGCGACACUCACCUGAAAGCUUCUACUCGAGCCGUUUCGGCCACUGUGGAAUACACAAGGAGAGAGGGUGUUAGACUAAUGUUAGUUAUUAUGAUCAGGUCACAUACACGGGUAUUUUUAAAAAAUAUAUUAGUAGGUGUUAGGAGGAUUUUGAAAGGGACUAGUUGUCGGCAGGGGCGGAUCUACUUGGGUGGCACGGAGGGGCAAUUGCCACCGUAAAAGAUGGGCUUGCCAACCCUGUCGGUGUUGUUUUUGGCAGCCAUUUUAAUUUUUGUCCUUGUCCUUUGGAAGAAAAUACUUAUUAGUCUUAGUCAUAUUUUAAUUAUUUGAAAAUGUGUCUUCGUUUAGUUUUAGUGAACGAAAACUCAGACACAUUUCGUCUAGUUGACAGUUCUCAAAAUGUUUUCGUCUAUAAACUUCAAACGUUUUAGUCCAUGAAUAAAUAAAUAAAAGGUUUCCAAUCAUUUCAAAUGAAAAUGACAGAUGAGCACAUAACUGUAGAGCCUGCGAGGGCAGCACCAUUUUCAUGAUGAUAAUACACACUCAGCAGGAAAACAGCACAUUAUUUGCAAUUAAUUAAACUCACCUGGACGCCAACAACUGGAUGUAAAAUGUUUUCCAAGGGUUAAAGAAGACACAGAGUCACUGCGCUAAAUGCUAAUGCUAACGCUACAAGUCAGUUUAGUGUGUGAUGAUCACUCAGCACAUACUAGUACCUUUAAAGGCUAAAGUAACAUGGCGUAGCCAAGAUAAGAAAGCAAAACUUACUAAGCGGCACCUGACACAUAUGUUUCACAAAAUGAGCGUGGAAUGGGCAUUGGUGGCCGGUGAGUUAGGAGGGUUGGGGGCCGAGGGGGGAGGAGGAGGCGCAGCAUGUCACAUGAGUGACACGAUCAAAAACUUCUAAAUGCGUACUAACCACACAUACAAUAAGAAAAUAUCACACAUUGUGAAUAUAAGACGGAAACUAUGGCGAAUUUUCAUCCUGUUCUCGUUUCGUCAGGCGACAACUGAUAUCAAUCUGGUUAUGUUUUAGUCUCCCAAGACACGUUUCCAGCGCGCCAUUGUGACGUCAUAGUCAUGAAAAAAAUUGUUCGUUGACAAAAACAAAACUGGUCAGCACAAUGAAAACUUAAAUUUGACAUGUUCUGCUAUCAGUUAAGUAGUGGCGUCAGUGAGGGUCCGUAUAAAAAUAAUAAUAUAAAAAAAGAUUGGAUGGAGCUACGUUUCUCUAUAUCAGUUUGUAAAUGUCUUUUUGUAGUGUCUACAUGCGAUUUCUUUGCUAACUCUGAUUCAAUAUGUGUGAAUAUCUGCCAUAUGUUGACACUUAAGGUGCAACAAUCCAUUCAGACAAGGGCUGUCAAACGAUUAAAAUUUUUAAUCGAGUUAAUUACAGCUUAAAAAUUAAUUAAUCGUAAUUAAUCGCAAUUCAAACCAUCUAUAAAAUAUGCCAUAUUUUUCUGUAAAUUAUUGUUGGAAUGGAAAGAUAAGACAAGACGGAAAUACAAAUUCAACAUAAGAUACAUAAAUACUGUAUUUGUUUACUAUAACAAAUCAAGAUGGCAUUAACAUUAACAUUCUCUUAAAGCGAUCCAUGGAUAGAAAGACUUGUAAUUCUUAAAAGAUAAAUGUUAGUACAAGUUAUAGAAUUUUUUUAUUAAAACCCCUCUUAAUGUUCUCGCUUUAUUAAAAUUUGUAAAAUUUUCAAUCAAAAAAUAAACUAGUAGCUCGCCAUUGUUGAUGUCAAUAAUUACACCAUGCGCACUCAUUGUGCUGAAGCCCAUAAAAUCAUUUGGACCCAAGCGCCAGCAGAGGGCGCCAAACACCAAAAAGCAAAUAUCAAGCGGACAUUACACUGCUGUCAUUUUAAUCUGUUUGAGCGGGGCAUGCGCGUUAAUUGCGUCAAAUAUUUUAACCUGAUUAAUUUAAAAAAUUAAUUACCGCCCGUUAACGCGAUAAUUUUGACAGCCCUAAUUUAGACCCAUUUAUCAAUUUGUUAAGUAUAACAAUGUAAUUCAACCAAAAUGCAAAAUGAUUUUUAGUAUGCCAAUAACAAAAAUUGUCACACACAUCAGAACUGAUUUAUUUUAUUAUAGCUUUACGAAAAUUGGAACAGAUUGUCGUAAAUGCAGAACGUUAAAUUUACUUGAUAACUUUUGGGGGGAAAAAAAUUACUUUUAAGUGUAGUUUUUCUAAGCCAUACUUUUACUUUUGAGUAGAUUUGUGAAGAAGAAACGUUUCUUUUACUCUGCUUCUUUGGGCUACACUAGUCGUUAAAUUUUUCCUUUUAACUCUACAUAUUAGAUUUUACUUUUGUCCCCCCCCAGUUUCACCAAUGAGACGUCACAAUAAUAAUCACAUGACUCAAUUAUACCAAUCAGACUCAAGCAUCAAGUAUUUGACAUAGAGCGCUCUCUCCCGGAUUUUAUUUGUCACCGAUUGACCACGAUAAAAAACGGAGAUAUGAUCCUUUUAAUUUAAUAAUAGGAACUAUGAAGGAACUGUUCACUAUUCAGCUAUUCAAACUAGGAAUUAUUUUCUCCACUGGAGGGCACUCAUGCUCUUUGGACGAAUGAUGCUUCAUUUUUGCAAAAAAAAAUUAUCUCGCCGGAAUUCAAUGAUUUUUGAGGGGGGGUAUUUCUUUGGUUUAAUGCGGUUAUGUAGCAGGAUAUAGUACAGUAUAAUAAUAACAGUUCAUAGAGAUGUCUGUGCUAAAAACGGGGAAAAAAAACAUUGUAUAAAAUUAGGGCUGUCAAAUGAAUUAAAUUUUUUCAUCGAGUUAAUUACAGCUUUAAAAUAAAUUAAUCGUAAUUAAUCGCAAUUCAAACCAUCUAUAAAAUAUGCCAUAUUUUACUGUAAAUUAUUGUUGGAAUGGGAAGAUAAGACACAAGACGGAUAUAUACAUUCAACAUACGGUACAUAAGUACUGUAUUAGUUUAUUAUAACAAUAAAUCAACAAGAUGGCAUUAACAUUAUUAACAUUCUCUUAAAGCGAUCCAUGGAUAGAAAGACUUGUAGUUCUUAAAAGAUAGAUGUUAGUACAAGUUAUAGAAAUUUUAUAUUAAAACCCCUCUUAAUGUUUUAGUUAUAUUAAAAUUUGUAAAAUUUUCAAUCAAAAAAUAAACUAAUGUCUAAACUAAUUUUUGAUGUCAAUCAGUUGGACCCAAGCGCCAGCAGAGGGCGCCAAACACCAAAAACAAGUAACAAGCGGACAUUACACUCUGAUGUCAUUUUAAUCUGUAUGAGCGGGGCAUAUGCGUAAAUUGUGCCAAAUAUUUUAAAGUGAUUAAUUUGAAAAACUAAUUACCCGUUAACGCGAUCAUUUUGACAGCCCUACUAAAAACACAAUGCUAAUCUAACAUUGUAAGCAGUUACUCACAAUGUUACCCAUUACUUGAUUAUUUUUUUUUUUUCAACCAAUAUUUUUUACUUGUACUUGAGUACAUUAUUUGGAAGACUACUUUUACUCUUGAGUAAUAUUAUUUUGAAGUAACGCUACUCUUGAGUAAAAUUUUUGGCUACUCUAAAUCGAUAGACCCUCUAAAAGUUCCUGCCUCCCGGUCGCCAUCCCGAGAAUAAUUUUUUUCGGAAAAUAGUAUUUUAAGGGUUCUUAUUAGCGGCUUGUUUGUAGGCUUUUACAAUUUGUGAAACGUUAAACUAAACAGAUUUGAAAUUCGGACUAGAACUGAACUAACUGAAAAAGUGCGUUUAUGAAGGCGGACUAGUUCCUGUCUUUGCGAAUUUUUUAGGGAGGAAUAGUUUCAAGUUUCUAAUUGGAGUUUUCUUUCGAAUAGUUUUUUUCCCCAAAAUGCAAUUGACAGCAACAGAGAUUUUGACAUUGUGAUUCAGCAAUUUGCUAAGUUUAAAAGAUUUAAACGCAAGAUUAGAACUUCAAUAAAAUGCAGAAAUAUGUAUUUUCCUACUUAUAAACAGCAUUCGUGCUUUCAUUUGGACAGUUUCGGGGGGGUUUCCCCUUUUUUUUUUUUUUUUUUUUUAAAGGCAGACUAAUUGUUGUCUAUGUGGCUUUUGCAGGUUUCUAAUUGGCUGCCAGUUUUUAAGGUUUUGUUUCGGACAGAUAGCAACAUUUUUAUGUUCACUGUAAAUUUGUGAUUUCUUAAAUUGAACAUAGAUUUAAAAUCCAGACUAGAAUUCAAUGAAUAUUUCCAUAAAAAUGCUACAAUUUUUCGUAUUUGGCAUUUUUAGAGGGCAGAUCUAUUAUUGCACUGUCGAGUCGUCACUUUCCUCACUUUCACAAACUGUAAUGUUAGUUGUGCCUUUUCCCAAAAUGACUAAAAAUCACAGAAAUCCUGACUUCACAUUUCCGCAAAAUUGCUAGUUUUUAGCUUUCCAGUCAUUCCAAACCAGUCGACGUACGAUCCAUUUCGACUGGGAGGUCAAAAAUGGAUUGUGUAUCGAAAUAUUAUCACCACUUAAAAACUGCAUUUUAAGUGUAAAUAGUUCAUCCAGUGAAUGAGUGUUUUAAGAAUACCCGUGUCCGAUCGCUAACAUUAGUCAGCAGGUGUCUCUCGCUUCUCCGACCUGGCGAACGGCGCGUCUACAGAACUGACAAUAGAUCAAAAGCGGACGAGUUGCUUAACCUGCUGACUUUUCUAAGCCAGACAAAGCGGCUGACAAAAAGAGGCGCAGCAACUCCCUUCAUUAUCUCGGUUAUUCUUAAGAUCGGCGGGCCUGAGAGAGCGCGCCGGUCGCUUUUCUCACUGCGCCGAACGUCUCAAAGCACCGGCCGCAAACAAAAGGAGAAAAGGAAAGGAUACUCUUCUGAAAACGCCCUCCCGCUCAAGCCCGGAAGAGUUUUUGCUUGAUUUUUAUCACGUCAGAUUUAGGCUUUUUCUAAAAGAAUUGUACAGUUUAAAUCUAUGAGGAAAUAUAUACACUGUAGUGGCAAAUUUUAAUCCUACGUUCUGGUUAAGUGAACUGUUAGUAGAUUAGGAGUAAAAAUUGGGUCAUUCUAAAAAAAUGGAGGACAUUUGGGAUUGAAAUUUCGUGCAAAGUAAACCUUUUGUUGUCAGAUUUUUGGCAAAGUAUUCAUUAAUAAUUGGUAAUAAACGAUCAAAUGUUUUAUUAUCUUAACAUAGAUCAUGGGUGCCAUUUUUAUUUGGUAUUUUUAUAGUUGUAGUAAAAUCUGAGUAACAGUUGCAAAACUGUAUUAAAGUUAGCUAACCAUUUAGCUAGCUGUUACCAACGACAAAGAACAACAAUUAAAAAGUAUCUUAUCUGAUUAGAACAGUGGUUCUUAACCUUGCAAAAGGUACCAAACCCCAUGAGAUUCACAUGUGCAUUAACCGAUCCCUUCGGAAUUCGAUAAUAAAUCCUUUUUUUACCAAUUUAGCACUGAUAUAUCCAAGCUAGCAAGCUAAUAUCCCAGCGAAUUUCCGUUCUUCUCAUUUUGAACGGGUCAAAAUUUGAGUCCACAUUGUUCAUUGAUCUUAUCUACUUCCUCAUACAAAGUGCGAGUCAACCUUCCACUGAGCAAACUAGUUUCUCCAACCAUCAGAUAAAGGACUAGCAGUUGGGAGAAAUGCUUGUAAAUAAGGGGCAAACUAGUCCAAAAACUGGUCUAAAACACCAAUUUUCCUGGAUUUAGUCAACGUACGAAAAAAUGUUUUAGGAUUAGAAGCAUAAAAGGGUUGACAAAGGGAGCGUAUAACAUGCAACCAAGGCUAACUAGCUUGUAAAAUAUUCGAAAUAGAGGAGAGGACAUACAUAAAUUAGAUUCAAAUGGCAUUUUAGUGGGUACUCCAGUCUUAUUUGCUACUUUCUAAAUUAUUUUUAAGCAUUAAUUUCAAGUAAAUUGACUUCAAAACAGCAUCUUUUAGCAUUUUGCAUGUGAAUUAUUUCAAAUUUGGCUACGUAUUCAUUAAUAAUUGGUAAUGAACUAUGAAAUGUUGAUUAGCUUAGCUAUGGUGCCAUUUUGAUUUAGUGUUUGCACUACUAUAGUCAGUGUAAAAUCACAGUAACAGGGUUGCAAAGUUGUAUUAAAGUUAGCUGACCGUUUAGCUAGCUGUUACCUACAGUAUGAGAAAGAAAAACUUAUAAGUCAAGAAAAAAAACUAAUAGUGUAAUCCUGAUUAGAAGCAUAACAGGGGUUGAUAAAGGUAGCGUGAAACAUUCAACCAAGGCUAACUAGCUAAGAAAAUAUUAAAAAUAGAGAGGACAUACAUAAAUUAGCUUUAGCCAAUAUUUGAGAUUCAAAUGGUAUUUUAGCUGAUACUCCAGUCUUAUUUGCUACUUUAUAAACUAUUUUUAAGCAUUACUUUCAAGUAAAUUGACUCAGAAACAGCAUCUUUUAGCAUUUUGCAUGUAAAUAAUUUCAAAUUUGGCUACAUAUUCAUUAACAAUUGUGAAAUUUUGAUUAGCAUAGCUCUGGUGCCAUUUAUAUUGGGUGUUUGCACUACUACAGUUAGAGUAUCACGGUUACAGGGUUGCAAAGCUGAAUUAAAGUUACCUAACCGCUUAGCUAACUGUUACCUAUUAGAAAGAAGACCAACUUACUUAUAAGAAAAAUUUAAAAACUAAUCGUCUCAUUCUGAUUAGAUGCAUAACAGGGUUGAUAAAGGUAGUGUUAAACAUUCAACCUAGGCUAACUAGCUAAGAAAAUAUUAAAAAUAGAGGCAAGGACAUACAUAAUUAGAUUUAGCCAAUUUUUGAGAUUCAUAUGGCAUUUUAGGCAGUACUCCAGUCUUAUUUGCUAUUUUAUAAACAAUUUUCAAGCAUUAAUUUAAAGUAAAUUGACUUAUAAACAACAUCUUUUACCAUUUUGCAUGUGAAUUAUUUCAAAUUUGGCUAUAACAAACUAAGAAAUGUUGAUUAGCUUAGCCAUGGUGCCAUUUUUAUUUGGUGUUUGCACUACUAUAGUCAGAGUGAAAUCACAGUAACAGGGUUGCAAAGCUGUAUUAAAGUUAGCUAACCACUUAGCUAGCAUUUACCUAUGAGAAAGAAGACAAACAUACUUAGAAGUCUAGAAAAUAAAAACUAAUCGUCUCAUUCUAUUAGUAGCAUAACAAGGUUGAUAAAGGUAGCGUGAAAAAUUCCACCAAGGCUAACUAGCUAAGAAAAUAUUUAAAAUAGAGGAGAGGAUGUACAUAAAAGCUUUAGCCAAUUUUUGAGAUUCAAAUGGCAUUUUAGGCAGUACUCCAGUCUUAUUUGUCAUUUUAUCAACUAUUUUUAAGCAUUAAUUUCGAGCAAAUUGAUAAUAAACUAUGAAAUAUUGAUUAGCUUAGCUAUGGUGCCAUUUUAUUUGUUGUUUGCACAAUUAUAGUCAGAGUAAAAUCGCUGUAACAGGGUUGCAAAGCUGUACUAAAGUUAGCUAACCAUUUAGCUAGCUGUUACCUAUGAGAAAGAAGACAAACUGUCACAUUUUGCAUGUGAAUAAUUUCAAAUUUGACAGGUGAAAUGUCCUCCAAUUCUGGAAUGACCCAGUAGAUUUUGUGACUUGGUUUCUCCUUUUUUGUUUGUUUUAUAACCGUUGAUUUUUCAAAGUAUGAAAAUAUGUAUAAAUGGUGUCAAUGAAACAAAUAGCUGUACAGUUUUUCUAUAGGAUGGGGAAAAAAAUAGACUCAGACUUCAAAAACUAAGUGUUCCAUGCCUUUACUCGGGGCCCGUCCGUCGCCCCUCAAGUUGCACCAGCAUCCGUUUAUUUCCAUUUUCAUACCGAGGGUAGAAAACAACAAGGCGGGUGUCACGGAGGGGACACGUUGUACAGAAGAACCGAUCGGCACUGAUUUUGUUUUGUUUUUUACAGCGGGUUCAAACAGUCGGGGUGAAACUUGUUGUGUUUUUUUGGGUGGAAUUUUCGGCGUGCUUUGCAUUUUGCGUGCGUGUGAGAGAAAAGGCCGAUUAUGAGAACCUGUGAACCAGUUAGUGACACAAUUCUCAACGCGCCAAGCCCCUCCCCCAGCCCUGGGACUGCCAUGCUGACAUGUAAAUGACUCUCAUUAAGCGUUGGCGAUGCGUGCGUGGAUGUCGCCAUCGUUUCCUCUGAUCCGUUUGCUGACCUGUUUGAAAGGGAUUUUUUUUUUUUUUUAAUUUCUACUCUUCUAAUUACUUUUUUUUUUUUGUAAAUAUACAUGUGUACUUAAAAGAUACUGCCUUUGUAUACUUAGCAAUAUGUUGUGUAAAUAGUGUUUUGUUGAUGCUUUUUGUAUGACAUUAUUCUAGUGCAGUAAUUCCAAUUGGAGCGGUGGUGUUGAUUUUUUUUUUUUUUUAAGGACACACAGGCUGUCAAAUACAACUCAUGUUAUGGCUGCUUUUCUGUUAUUGGUGUCUAUUGUGUGUAAUUUAUUGGUUUAAUUUAUCCUAAUUUAUUCAGUGCUGGGAAGGCUGUACUGCAUUUCAUGAAGUAGAAACCAGUUUUUUUUUUGUUUUUUUUUUAAUGAAUCCUACCUGAAAGUGAAUCGAGAAAUUUGGUAGAAAAAUGGGGAGGGUUUGGCAGCUAAACGGACAUUUUCAAUUUGUCUAUGUGUUCCCCGACAGGGCCGAGGGUUGGCUAGAAAGUCCAAACGAGUUUGAAGCUGUUUUGUGUUUUCUCCGAAGGAUUUUUUUUUUCUCCUCGAACCACUUGUUAAUUGCUUUGUCGCGGCCCAACCACAACCAGUAGUCAAAUUGCCUUUCGUGCCUUCACCCUCUAUGAACUGAAUGUACGUGCAGUAUAUAUGCAAGCUUGUGAAAAAUGAAUAAAAAAUGGAAAUAAAAAGGA